GGGUCGCCGGCCCUCUUCCGCGCUCGCAGGAGCCUCCAUUUUGUCGGUAAAGCAGGAGGCUGGUCGAGGACAAACUGUGCUCUGUGAGUCGCUCGUGGGCAGUGUUUGAUCCGCGAAUCGUUUCUCCCUGUUAAGGGAGGGAGGUUUGGAGGUCGAGAGGGAGUUGCCGCCACCGCCCGAACUCGAAGUCGUUAGGACUUCUCUCAGACUUGUGUGCUGAGGAGACUCGAUGUUGGCCUCAGCUCCCAGGCUGAAAUCAGCAGAUUGGCUCAUGAAAACUUAUGUAUUGAGACAAAGGAAAGGAUCUAGCAGAAAGCAACAUCUCUUAUCCUGGGCUUGGCAGCAAGGAAGAGGACAAGUAGUGGAGAUCCUGCAAUCUGAGAAGCAGACUGAAAGGUGACAAAGAAGCUCAAGAUGGGUGGUGGAGAGAGGUAUAACAUUCCAGCCCCUCAAUCUAGAAAUGUUAGCAAGAGCCAACAACAGCACAACAGACAGAAGACCAAGGAUCAGAAUUCCCAGAUGAAGAUCGUUCAUAAGAAAAAAGAAAGAGGACAUGGGUACAGUCCAUCGGCAGCUGCAUGGCAGGCCAUGCAGAAUGGGGGAAAGAACAAGAGUCUUUCUAACGACCCAAAUUGGAAUGGUAGCUUAACAAGUCCAAGCUUGCUUUUUAAGUCUCAGGCUAACCAGAACUAUGCUGGAGCCAAAUUUAGUGAACCACCAUCACCAAGUGUUCUGCCCAAGCCACCAAGCCACUGGGUUCCUGUUUCAUUGAACCCUUCAGAUAAGGAAAUGAUGACAUUUCAACUUAAAACCCUACUUAAAGUACAGGUUUAAAUCUAAGUACUAAUUUUAAAUUUUGUGAUGUUCAUAUGUAGCCAUGAGUUGGUUUGACUUUAGAGAAUUUUUAUAAAACUAAUUCAUAACUAUAAGCAGACAUCUGAUUUAUGUCCUAUGUACACUAUAUUAUAAUAGUGUCAUAAUUUAAGUAGCUAUUCCUACUUGGUAGUUUUGCUAACCAAAUUCAAGCUUAGAUUUGGAGAACAGUAACCAGCUUUUUAUUGUCUAGUGGAAAACAAAAAAAAAAGGAAAUCAGACAGUAAGCAUUUAGCUAAUAAGAUAUAAAGGCUGCAAACAAGGCGCAUAGUUCAAUUACAUGUUCUAGAAACACCCAAACCCUAACACCACAGGCAUCUUUUCAAAUAGCUGCCUCUUAUUGGAAUGAGGUGAAGUAGAUGAUAGUGCUCAUUUCUUAUGCACUGGAUAAGCAUCAUAUACAAAAUCUUUUACAUUUCUAUUCAGUAGCUUCCUACAAAGCUUGCUUGAAGCAGGGAAUUGUGUAUGUGAAAAUUAAAUACCUAGGGAAGAAAAAAGCCAUGUAAAUACAUGUAAUAAGCUUGUAACAUAUGUAAAGUUUUCCUUCCCUUUAUUCUGCAAAAAGAAAAAAAAACACAACUUAUUUUUAAUGUGAAUUUGCUGGUGAAUAAGACUAUGAACUGUUUUUAUACUAUGGCCUAAUUUUAAAGGUCUCCAGUUUUCAAGAUUGCCCUUGUGCUUAAGUGCCAGUGUAUCAAUGUAAGUGGUGAUUGUAACCCAUACAAAGUUCACUGUUGUAUUAAGUUUUUAUAUUGAAAGGCUUUAAGCUGCCAAGACAUUUCCUGUUUUUAAGAAGAGAUGUAAGAUGCAGCCAGAUUCUCUUCCUGAUCUUUUUUUUUUUUUUUUGGUUUUUCGAGACAGGGUUUCUCUGUGGCUUUGGAGCCUGUCCUGGAACUAGCUCUUGUAGACCAGGCUGGUCUCGAACUCACAGAGAUCCGCCUGCCUCUGCCUCCCGAGUGCUGGGAUUAAAGGCGUGCACCACCACCGCCCGGCUCUUCCUGAUCUUUUUAAACCCAAAGAUUCAUUGCCCUUAUCAAAUCAUGAAAGUGAUUAUUUAAGUUUAAAUAAUUUAUGCAAAGCAAUCUCUAGCAUGUUAGCCCAAACACAAGUUACUUUUAAGUGCUUGAGCAAAAUAACCAAUUUGUAUUUCCUCAAUUAAGUUCAGACCAGAUACUGUCCAAAUCAAAACAGUGUAAUAAAGGACAAGUUCAUAAAAUUAUGAUCUGAUUUUGAAGUAUGAAAUUAAGAAAUAAAACUUUUCCUCCCCA